UUAUUAAAUUGGUCGAGCUCGAGGCAUUUAGUCAAAUACCCUGCCUCAACACCAAAUGAACCGCCACGCUACCCAGAAUUGUAUUCAUACAUUGGAGUAAACUAAAGACACCGAAUUUGCCCAAUUAUCCAAAGUCAAGCCACGAGACUCAAAGAGAGAAAGCAUAUCAAAAAUCAGAUCCAAAUCCUCAUCACAACAGACUAAGAGAGCGAGAGAGAAAUCAUAUAAAAGAUCAGAUCUAAGUCUAAGAGAGAGAGAGUUAUCAGGGAUGCAAGAGAAGAGAUAAAUACUUGUGGAGAGCAGAUCCGUGGGAGAGGUGUGACGGUGAUGCAUGGACACGGCAGCGCGACGAACGACUUGCUGGGGUCGGCGGUGCCGCCUCCUAGACUCCAAAGCAAACAAGGGACAAAUUCAAAAUAUGUAAGCAUGGAUGGGAAUGAUUUUAGCAGUACGAGUAGCAAGGUCUCAUCAUUUUCAGUGCCUCAGACUCCUCGGAGUGAGGGUGAGAUCUUGCAGUCGUCCAAUUUGAAGAGCUUUAGUUUUGCCGAACUCAAAAUGUCCACCAGGGAUUUCUGUCGUGACAGUGUGUUAGGGCGAGGUAGUUUUGGUUCAGCUUUUAAGGGAUGGAUUGAUGAACAUACAUUUGCUGCAGCCAAGCCUGGGACCGGCAUGAUUAUAGCUGUGAAAUGGCUUAGUCAAAAAAGUUUCCAAGGUCACAAGGAGUGGUUGGCGGAAGUGAAUUAUCUGGGACAGCUUUCUCAUCCUCAUUUUGUGAAGUUGAUUGGCUAUUGCAUGGAAGAUGAACACCGACUAUUGGUGUACGAGUUCAUGCCUCAAGGAAGCUUGGAAGGUCAUUUAUACAGGACUUCUGAUCCUCUUUCUUGGAACCUCCGCUUGAAAGUGGCUCUCGAUGCUGCAAAGGGGCUUGCCUUUCUGCAUAGUGCCAAAGUGAUAUAUCGAGAUUUCAAAACUUCUGAUAUUGAAAGCUACAAUGCAAAGCUUUCUGAUUUUGGGUUGGCCAAGGAUGGGCCGACAGGUAAUGCAACUCACAUCUCUACCAGGGUUCUGGGGACCUAUGGAUAUUCUGCUCCAGAGUAUUCAGCCACGGGUCAUCUUACUACCAAAUGUGAUGUCUAUAGCUUUGGAGUUAUCCUUCUAGAAAUGUUGUCUGGCCGGAGAGUACAUGAUAUGAGCGAACCAUAUGGAGACCCCAAUGUUUUGAAAUGGGCUAAACCCUACCUGGCAAACAAACGUAAGAUAUUCAGAAUCCUAGACGACCGUAUUGAAGGCCAAUAUACAAUGGAUGAGGCCUAUAAGGUAGCAACCCUAGCAUUACGAUGCCUAUCCACGGGCGCCAAGUUCAGGCCGACCAUGGAUAAGGUUGUAACAGAAUUGGAGCAGCUCCAGGAAUCAUAAACGAAUUGCUCAGAGCCAGGGAGGUGGCAACCCAAUUUUCCCCUUAAAUUGUUACCAAAAUUCCAAAAAAUAUUUAAAUAAUAUUUCAAACUGAAAUUUCUUUAUAAAAUAAUUUUGAACUUUCCUAACGUAGUGAAGGAGAAAUUGUUA